UCAGUACAUUGUUGACACCGACAUGGCCUCCAAAACGAAAACAUAUCGCUUAGAAUCGGAAAUCGACAAAUGUCGCGUAGAAUGCAAUUGGAAAAAAGCUGUAGAGUUAGCCAAACAAGGAGCAUUAAAAUCUACAGAUAUUGCAUCAACAGUAAACCUUCUUCAAAGUGAAAUGGCUUUAGAAGAGUUCAUUGAAGCUCAUGAUCCGACUAAUGAAGCCAAUGCUUUAACUGCUAGACAAGCUCUGUCAGAAGCAGACGAUACACUGGUCAAACUCUCAGAAGGAAACUCUCUAUUUAAGGAACAAGCCUUACUACUGCUAGCAAAGCUGAAGUUUUGUGAAGGGUUUUAUCAAGUCUGUCUCGACACUUUGGAGAAAGUGGAUCUAACUUCUAUAGCAUUACGUGAGAGUGAAGGCAAUGCUUAUAAAAAUACACGGUUGCUGUAUAUGGUAGCAGAGUGCUUUGCUAUAAAAGGAAAAUGUUUAGAUAAAACGAAGUCCAGCCUAAAGACAAAAUAUAAAAUAUCAGAAAGGGAAGAUGAGAUUAUAACAUGUUAUGAGAUAGCUGGUGACUUAGCAUUUCUUUGCUUACAACAGAGGGACAAAAGGCCCACCACCCCUCAAGGCAUGGGCCCGAGCACAGAGUCCAACAACUUCAUUGUAACAUCCCUAAUAGAGAUGGCCAUCAAACAAGUCCCAGUCAUGCAUUGGAAAAAAGGGGACAAAAUAAAAUGCAUCAAUAGAUACAGAGAAAUGCUGAGAGCUGUGGAAUCAAGGUUUGCGCAUGACAUAAGAAAGACUCUGGCUUUAGAACUUGCUCAAUUACUGUUGCGUUCUUCCAGUAGCUCUUCCUAUAAAUCUAUCGACCUGAAUGCUAAAAGCCUAAACAACAAGGCUCCUAAGCCGAUGGUUUAUUGCCCUGAUAAGCUGUUUGUGCCAAAAACUCUGGAUGAAGAAGUCUUGCUCUUACUUUUAAUCGCUGAAGCUGUGGCAACUAGGGAAGCUGUUCUGGAAAGAAAUGAAGAAACUCAUGAGUUGACGUUAACAAACAUCACAGCCAUCUAUGAUUUGUUAGCACUCAUCCUUGUCAAGAGAGCGCAGUUUGGUCGCCUGACAGAGUCAUUUGAAAAAGCUAUGAGAUUCUCAUUUCAAGAAUUCCACAUCUGGUACCAGUUUGCCAACUCACUGAUAUCAUCAUCCAAGUACUCACAGGCUCUACCAGUCUUAUCAGAGUGCUAUCGGCUGGCUCCUCAGAAUGUCACAGUGUGUUUACAGGCUGCCCAGCUCUGCUAUGAACAUCUCCAGUUAAACCAGCAGGGAGUGGAGUGGUCCCAGAGGGCUGUCCAGUGCAAUGUGCCCAAGCAUUUCUUGGCCAGGGCAUACAUGGCCUUGGGUAUAGGGCUUUGUCUGGUAGCCAAAGACUCGAGGCUAAAUGCUGACAGACAAAGUUUAAACCAGAAAGCUUUGGAAGCAUUUAAGACAGCUCAAGAUUUAAAUCCUUCAGAUUAUUUAACAGCCUUUCAUUUAGCACUACAAUAUGCUAACCUUAGAAAGAUCAAUGUGGCCAUUGAGUUUACCAAAAAGUCUCUCGAGAACAGAAGUGAUUUUAUUCACUCUCUCCAUCUACUCACACUCCUUCUGUCUGCUCGUAAGCAACACGAGGAGGCCAUGACCUUAAUACAAGCAGCAUUAGAGGAGUAUCCUGACAACCUGAGCCUGUUAAUGACCAAAGCCAAGCUAGAGAAAAUAGUUUUAGGCCCAGAUGAAGCUUUAAGUACGUACCAGAAAAUGCUCAAAUUGUGGAAGGAUAUGCACGAGUUAGACAUAGCAGAUGAUGGUUCCGACAGCAAGUCCAAAGUAAGGGAAAGAAACCCAUGGGAUAAAAGAAGCUUGGCACAGAUAACUCUAAAUGAAUUUAGUGAGAGAGGCUCAGGGUCCAUUCGAGCCGAGUCCUAUGCAGCAUCACGAAUGGAAAAAGCACUUUCUGAUUUAGCGUCUUCCAUGAAUAGCAGUUUUCAGCCUAGGGCAGGCCCACAGAGAUCUUGGGUGAUACAAGCUCAAAUCUGGCUCAAUUUAGCUGAACUGUACCUCAGUUUGAACCAAGUCCAGGAAGCACAAAGCUGUGUGCAAGAAACAUUUCAACUCUUCCCGCAUUCUGUUUAUGUAUUUUUUAUGAGAGGACUGGUCUAUGAGCACAAGGGUUGCUUGAACGAAGCUAAAAUGUGCUAUGAGAAUGCCAUUUCUGUCAACCCAACACACACCAAGUCUCUUUACCACCUGGGCAUUGUUUUACACAAACUUGGGGAUAACAGACUGGCGGAGAAAGUUUUACGAGAUGCAGUCAACCUUGACCCAUGUUUUCACAAAGCUUGGUUUGUUCUUGGAAUUGUAUUAGAGGCUACCGACCACCCUGAAGAUGCUAGCCAUUGUCACAUGAUGGGGACCAGCUUGGAGGCAACGUGUCCAGUGGCACCAUUCAAUGUCAUUCAGAGGGUCAUGACCUAAUGCUUAUGGACCUAAUGCUUCGACCUCUGCGAUUCACCGGUGAACUAUACUGAAGUCAUGAUGUGCAUGUGAACAUUAGACUGUCAUUUUCAACAUUCCAGACACCAAUCUAACAAUGUGUUAAUAUUUCAUCCACAAAGUUUGUAAAACUGUAACAAACUCAAUGUUACAUGCGUAUAUUUGGCCAUAUGUAAAUAGUUUUAUAAAAGUUUUUCUAAGUAUUAGGUCAUGCCUAAUUACUACAUUCUAGUAGUAAGACAUUAGUUGUUUGGUUUAUUCUCCGCUUUUUUUAAAUAUUGUUUUUAAUUACCUUGUAUAAAUUUAAAGCAGAAAAAAAAUUGUCUUAAUUUUUUUUUUCUUUUUAAAGUUGAUAUAAUCUAUAUAAUUUGGCUCUAAAUCAAAGUAAUUAAAAUAAUUCUAGCAUGAACUGCAAACUGAAUAUGCUCUCCAUUGAUCAGAGUACUGUUCAUUGUGUUUUACUUUACUGUAGAAUAGCAAGACGGAAGUUGUUUUUUAAACACAGUCUGUACUGGGAGUCUUAACUUUUCCUCUUAGUUAGCUAUGUUACAGUUUCAUGUUUAAAAUUAGCUGCCAACUAAUUACAACUUGAAUUGUGUGCGCCACACUUUCCUGCAUUAAGUCACACAUUCCCGACCACAGUUAUACUGUGAUGAACUGAUAUAUAGACUACAUUUCUGGUAGACUAAAAAUGUUGAUUUGUCAUGUGACCAGGUGUUGAUAAUGUACUGUUGUUAACCCUUGGUGAUCAUUUUUAGAAAUUUUCUUUACAUUCUGAAAUACUGCAGUGGGAAAGGUGGGGCUUAAAGUCACAAUUUGGUAGUUCCAUUGGAUAGCACAGAUUCUUAACAAACUUACUACACUGCAACACAAACUUUCAAACAAGAAGUAGAACAAAUGUAAAAGACUUCAUUUCUUUAUUUUUCUGAGUGAUACAAUAAAAAAAGGUGGUUGGAUUGAGGCUGUGACGUGAAAGCUUUUUAAUAUCUUUUAUGAAAAAAAAAAGUUCUACAAUUUGAAUUUGAACACUAGGACUCAAGCCAAUGCAGUCACCACUGUUAUGACUAUUUAAAGUUAAUGCCAAAUGACAUGAAAUAGUUUGACAAAAGUUCAAGUAUUUACUUAACACAGUUUUUAAGUAAAAUUGAAGUGCACUUUUCAAACAAUGGAAAACAAUGCAACUUGGUAGAUGGGGAACAGAAAGUGGUGGUAACUUCUUUUAAAUACUAUUUCUGACUGUCAGCAAACAUCUCAACUUGUGGUUUCACAUUUUGGAUUGUCCAUGACCUGUGACACUAAGUUCUACUUUUCCCUACACGUAAUGUUUAUAUCUUAAUAGAUAAUGAUUGUAGUGUUCUAUUAUGUCUUAAUAGAUAGAUAAUGAUUGCAGUGUUAUAUAAUACAUAAUAUAAAAUAUUCAUAAGUUUACCUAAUAUAUAUUCAAUUUUUUUUUUAAACUCUUGAUAUUAGGUAAAAAAAUUAAAGGGCCCCUAGCCUGUUUUAAAUUAUAUGAUUUUUCUUUUAGUUUAAUGACAUCAGCCCAGACUCUUUACAGUCAGGCUUUGACUGUACUCUUUGUUUUUAUAGUGUUAUCGAACAAAUGUACUUGCUUUUUGUUUAUUCUGUAUUUUUCCUAAUGUCGCUUCAAAAAGAAAAUGUCAUAUUAGUAUAUUUGUGCAUUUUGUAUUUAUUCUCUGAUAGUCUUAACUUGAUUGCAAUAGUUACCACUGUGAUAUCAUUAAUUUAUGCACUGACUUGUUGAUAUAUUGUAAUGUUUGUUUCCUGGGUAUUUCUUUAUGUUUCAGAUACUCAAUGAGGAAAAUUGGUUUUAGACAGAAAGCCUUAAAAACAAUUUGAAAAUAAAUCUUUCGUACUCAGAUUAGUUUAAUUUGUGUUAGUAUCAAAUCUUAGAAAUGUGUUCUUUGGGAUGCCUUAUAGCUAGGAUUCUUUAAAACAAACUUGUCUAAACCGUGUUUCUCUACUUUAAGUGCAAUGUUACAUUCCAUCUUUGAAACCAACAACAGAUGGAAUGAAUUGAUCAAACACUUUGACUUCAUCAGCUCAUCUCUCCCAGUCUGUGGCACCACAAACACUUUGACUUCAUCAGCUCAUCUCUCCCAGUCUGUGGCACCACAAACACUUUGACUUCAUCAACUCAUCUCUCCAAGUCUGUGGCACCAAGUUCCUUCUGGUGUCUCAGUUAUUGACAAGAAGUCUCUUUCAACAGGAACUCUUUUAUAUUGAAGAAUAAUUUCAAUUUACUAGUAUGAAGAUUUCAACAAAAAAAAGUUUACUGUAUACAUACUAAAAAAAAACCUGUUUUGUCUAACUUUUUCUGCAAUGGCUUAUAUUGACUUACUCUGUUGAUCCCUGGAGGGUAUGCUACAACUAAAUCUUCAAUGGACUGUUUCAUGAAACUUUCUUCACUAGGGCCCAUGUCAUCUUCAUGUUGACCUCUUCCAAGUUUUUUACUCUCUGCUUACUUCUUUUUCUGACCUUAGGGACACCAAUCCAGUGCCUGCUUUGACCUGGCUUUAACAGCUCACUAGUUUGAAACACUCAUGAACUGAACUAGAUGUUUAUGUAUUUACUAUGUAAAGUAUAGCAUUCGUAUACAUAAAAUCAUCUACUGGGAUGUGGGUCAAAUCUAUUUUUUAUCUACAAGUCUUGCAAUUGCAAUAUUUGUUCCUGUGACACUAUAAAGAAACAACUCAGUGUUUUUUCUUCCUGUCUAGUCUUUGAGAAAGAAAAUAUGAUUUUACAUUUGACCGGGAUUACUUCAUCCUGAUACCAAAUAGUGAGUCCCUACUUCCUGUUAUUCAGUUAGUAAUGUUGGAUUGUCCAAAGGUUUAUAUAGAGAGCAAAAGAAGAACUCCAUUAUAAAAAGGUUAUGACUUAUGGGUAUAAUAUGAUUGCUUUAAUAAAUUAAUAUAUUGAUAAUAAAAAUAACCAGCUAUAUAUAUAUAUAUAUAUAUAUAUAUAUACUUGUUUCUUGUGUGAAUCACCUGGCUUGAUUCUUUUCAUAAUUUAGCACUCAGUUGUAACAUGUAACAAUUUGUAACAUGCUGUGUUGGUCACUAACUUCCUAAGGUAUUGCCCCACAUUUGGUGCUCCAUCAUGUCCAACAGAACAUUCUUCUUAGAUAUUAAGAUACAAAAUAUAUUACUUCUAAAAACUAAUGUAAUGUGAAAAGUUUGAAUGUUUGCUGGUUAAAUGUAAAGUUUUGAUCAACGUUUUUUUUAAAUGAAGCUUUAAUGUAAGUGUGUAUACGAACCAUUACUGUGAAUCCAACAUAAGGAAUUUCCGUACAUUUUAAAGGCAUCUGUUUUGUUUUGUGUCUUAUUGUUUACCAAUGUUCAUUUUCUGUGAGAUCAAAUUUUCUUCAUAUUGUUCUGUCAUACUUUUGCUUCUACAGACUUGAUAUUUACUGGAUGUCAUAAGGUUGUUCUGUUGUUUUGAGAAUACAUGAGGGUAUUUGCUAGUGUGUGACCUUUUAAAACCUGUGAUAACUUGUUCCAUCUGCGUCACAUAAUGUUGUAAUGUACUGUUCUUUUUGCUGCUAGGAAGAUGUGAUCAUAGUCAAACACUUUCAGUAUUUAUAAUCCAUCCAAGUUUGAUGUGUGUGUAUGGAAUUUUAUUUUUUUUGUUAGGGGAGGGGGCUUUCUACUUGAAAUCCUGGUGACUGAGUUUUGAAACAAACUUGUUUAACUGUAAGGCAAAAGAAAAGGCAGUGGUUUGUUUUACUGGUCACAUUAAACACUUGUUCACUACUGACCACAGGAAAAAAAGUUAAGCUGGACAACCCUGUAGACCUUUGUUGCUAUGUAUUGAAGUAAAGAUUUAUGCUUCAAAAAUUAAUCAAACUUCAAAAAAAAUUUUUUAUUUUGAAGUUUUUAAAAAAAAAAUACUUUUUGCAAUCUAAACUUAAGUAGCUGUUAGACAUUGGUGGUGAGCUGUAAAGAUUUAUAACUGUUUGGUAAGGCUUGUACAAUGACUGUCACAUUCUCUAACUGGUAAGUAGAUUAGUUAGUAGGCAGAGUGGUAUGUCUCAGUAACAUCAGGGCUUAAAACUUGUUCAAAAUUUGAAGCUAGAAGUUUAACUGACCGAGUGGUGUGUCUCCGUGACAGUAAGUCUUUAUUUUUAGUUCAUAAUGUGAGCCUAGACAUUCAAGUGGCUGAAUGCUUGACCCCACACCGCCACUACUUGCCUUGGCCGGUAAUAUUCAUUUUAGUUUCUUAUUCUCUAAGGGUGUUACCAUGGUUACUCAGUGCAUCCUUGAUUCUGUGUGCAGGCACUUUUAAUCAUAUAUUAGGCUAGCUAGUUAAUCUUGAAGCUGUCUUCCAUUAUCUACCCAACCUGAGCUCAGCAUUCAACUUCUUCCAGUUGAGCUUUGUGUCCCACUCCUGAUUGAAUGUUCCUACACAGACACACAUACUUGAUUGAAUGUUCCUACACAGACACACAUACUUGAUUGAAUGCUCCUACACACACACACACUAUUGCCUCAUGCUCCGUUUUUGUACUAAAUAGUGUACAAAUAUUAUAUUCAAUAUUGAAAUUAAUAUUUAUAAUCUGAUUGUUCAUUGAGUGAAAUUGAAGGUUCUCAUGUGUUUGAUGAUAACAAAAAAUUAUAUAGAUUGUAAUAAAAAUAAAAGAAACCAAAAACAAA